GCAAAGCCACUGAAUCAUCUUUAAUCGACCCCUCUCCCUCGGCCCAAGCAUAAUUGAAAAAAACUGUAAAGCCAUCAAGACAGUACUACAUCACAGGUCAUCGAACCUCCAGUCGCGUUGCUACAGUGACAGGUGUUUGAGUUUAUCGAUCGCGGUCAAAUUACACGUGUGGCAGUUAUUGCAUUGCUUAGCUAUUCUUCUAUUUGAGAUCGUUGACUCAGCUGUUCCCGAUGGAUAUCGAUUUGAGCAGAAGAAACAAGAAGCCACGUCUAUUGCUUGAAUCAGAACGUGAAAGACUCGAGGAGUUCAUUGACUCUAUUCACUACUCUGCCAGAUAUUCCGAUGACCAAUUCGAAUACCGACAUGUUCAACUUCCCAAGAACAUGCUCAAAAAAAUACCGGCCGACUACUUCGACAACGCCAAAGGAACCCUCAAACUGCUCUGGGAGGAUGAAUGGCGGGCACUAGGUAUAACUCAGAGCCUGGGCUGGGAGCAUUACGAAGUGCAUGAGCCAGAGCCACACAUCUUAUUGUUCAAACGGCCCCUCAACUAUCAGCCGCCAUUGUCUCACUAAGCAACAUGCAGCAUCGUGGGACUUCGCCAGGCUUUCCAGUUCCAAACAAGAGACCGUGGGUCUGCGAGCGGAGUCCUUGCGCGACUAUUAAGGAA